CGACUCUCGAAUACGAGGCCAUUACGCGGUACCUAUUUCGUUUAAAACUUAGGCGGAAGCCGAUAAGCGCGGCAGCAUAUUCCCAACCUCGAUAGACCGAAUUUAACUGGUAAAAUAGCGCCAAGCGUUUCCAAUUUCAUUUUAUUUCUUAGCCCGGGCCUUACACGAUUCGCGCUGCUGAAAAUUCUACGUCCUCGUUUGAAUGUUGUAGAAUUAGGGCGGACAUGGCGUAUUGGCAAAGUUGACACUCCCAGGCGUAUGUAUACCGCUUUACUUGGCUGUAGAAGGCUUCCGUGACUGUCUCCAGUCCGAUCGACUAAAUUUAUUUUAGUUACUCGGCAAUUGUGUUUCCAUAAGCGUCUAAAAACUUGGUAACUUGACGAAUUGAAGUGAUGUCCUUUAUUGACCGAAGCGUAUUAUUUGCCGAAAAAAGCGUUAUAUUCUUUAAAUUUUUCAAAUUUUCUGAAGGUUUUGUUUCCGCUGUUCAAACAAAGACGAAAAAGUCUCGACAUCCGCUUCUUAAGGCGUUCCCUUAGUUUUUUCGCUCUUCGAUCUUCGAUUCCACACCCGAUAGAAAUACUCGCUGAUGAAAACUAAAAAUUAAUAAUGGAUCAGAUAACUAUUGAAUUACGGCAUACGAAAAUUGAAGAGACUUAUUAGUAAUAGAUUAGCGGAAUGAGUCCCGAUAAGCGUGCGAUUAAAAGUUCAACUUUUUUGUACAUCGAAGUUGACGUCUGAGCAGAGCAUUUUAAAAUAAUUCAAUCAGCACGCGGAACGAGGAAAGACGUCAUAUAAAUCAAUCGAGAUUAGUGCGUGGCAAAAUUCUUCUAAGGCUUUAGUAAACAUUUGGAAUGCUACCAAAAUUUAUCUGGAUUGAUACCGAGGCGUCAGAGUCCAACGCGACUGACCUUCGCAUCAGACUAACGGGGUCAUUUAAAUUUUCUCCUAGCACCGACACAGCUUAGAAUCAAAGAGAAGAGGAAUUUGAAAAGGACGAUGUGGCCCAAAGACGUAUUGGAAAAGAAGGCGGAAGAAUGGAGAUGCGACGUUUACAGUCGGCAAUUUGCCGAGAAUAUGGAUAAAGAAGAUCCGUUAAAGGAAUUUAGACAACGUUUUCACUAUCCGCAGAAAAAAAAUUUCUCUAAAGUUGAUAUGUCUCUGUCAGAAAAUGAAGAGGAAGAAUGUCUUUAUUUCUGUGGUAAUUCUUUGGGUCUUCAACCAAAGUCUGUGCAGAAUUAUGUUCAGAAUGUUCUAGAUGAUUGGAAACAUUUAGGUGUGGAAAGUCACUUUGUAGGUUCUCUACCAUCUGCUCUAUGUGAUCUUUAUCCCAAAGAGAUUAUGGCUAAAUUGGUUGGAGCAAAAAAGGAUGAAAUUGCCAUAAUGAAUGGAUUGACGGUUAAUCUGCAUCUGUUGUUAGUUUCUUUUUAUGAGCCAACACCCCAGAGACAUAAAAUUCUAAUAGAAGCAAAAGCAUUCCCAUCAGACAUGGGAGAAGAUUAUGUGAGACAUGAAGACGUCGUCUCUAUGAUUGAGAAGGAAGGAGACCAAAUAUCAGUCAUUUUACUUCCUGGAAUACAAUAUUUCACAGGGCAAUUGUUUGACAUAAAAACAAUAACAGAAAUAGGUCAUAAAAAGGGUUGUAUUGUUGGUUUUGAUCUUGCUCACACAGUAGGUAACACGGAAUUACAUUUACAUGAUUGGGAUGUGGAUUUUGCAGCAUGGUGUACCUACAAGGUAAUAAUUAAAUUUAUUAAAUAUUUAAAUGCUGGUCCUGGAGGAGUGGCUGCAAUAUUUGUGAAUGAGAAACACACGCAUAAUAGAAAAGACUUUCCUAAAUUAAGAGGAUGGUGGGGAGUUGAUCCCAAAAUGAAAUUUAUUAUGAACGAACAAAGAUUUCAUUCCUGUACUGGUGCUGACAUGUUUAAAUUAAGCAAUCCUUCUCCAGUUCUGAUAACUAUGUUGAUGGCUAGUUUAAAAGUGAUUGAAGAGGCAACACUCAAAGAAAUACUGAAAAAGCAGUUUCUGUUGACUGGAUAUUUUGAAAUGCUGAUAAAACAUUAUUUUUGUAAAGAUGAAAACUCAGUCUUAAAAGUUAUUACUCCUCCAGAUCCAAGAUGCAGAGGAAGUCAAUUGACAUUGCAAAUUAAAACAACAAACCAUAAUAUGAAAAGUGAACUUGAAAAACGAGGAAUUAUUUGUGAUAUGAGGAAAGACUGUUACAGAGUGGCACCUAUUCCACUUUACAAUACAUAUCUGGAAGGAUAUAAAUUUGUACAAAUACUUCAAACUUUAUUAAAGAAUUAACCAACUACUUGAAACCUGAAUUGCGAUAUCUUGAACUUAAUAAAAUGUAUUGUUUAAUAUGAGAAAGAGUUUGAGCAAGUUUGAGAAAACUGUGUUUUAUAUUCAUCAGAAUGAAAAAACAUAGAAAUCAUUUUUAACAAAUAAAUAAAUAAUUGAUAUAAUGUUUGUAAAACAGUAUGCUAAAAACAGAGACGAUAAAAUUCAUUAUAUUUUGAAAUAACACAGAAGGGAAAUUAGAUGACUGAAAAAACAUUCAACAAUCAAAACGUGCUUUGAGAAAAGUUUUUGAGAAAACACACCAACAAAAUCAAAGCAUAACUGAUGACAGCAAAUAAAAUAAUAUCUUAAUUUCUCUUUUAAGGAAUGUAAUGAAGCAAAAACAGUAAAAAUCUGGAAGUUGUAAAUAAUCUACAAAUAUGAGUUGAACUUGCAUUGUUAUAUAGUUUGAUAAUAUCCCCACAUUAAGAAAACAGAAGGCAAAUUUACACAAAUACAAUAGAUGAUUAAUACUGUAUAUAGAGUGUUUUCCCUCUAAUGUUCCUAGUUUUAAACUGCUCUAUAAAAUCCAUUUGUUCAGAUAUUUGAAUAAAAUCUGCUAGAGAAUGUUGGUUGGUCAAUACUCCAAGUUUUGCAUACAUUCAAAAGGGGUGCUGCUGCAUGGUGGCAAUCUGGACCUCCAUUGUCACGUAGGUAAGAUUGUGGUGGCAACACACUGUUAAUGACAACUGCAAUUUUUGUAUACAGGGCUCUUUUGUCUGACACUUUCGUAAAGACAAAAUUCUUGACUUGCCCAUAGAGAAAAAUGUUCAGAGAUAAUGUCAGGUGAAUGGAUUUUAUAGAACAGUUUAAAACUAGGAAUAUUAGAGGAAAACAUCCUGUAUUAUUAUCUGAAUUGUUAGAGGGAUAUAUAAAUAGGACGCUAGAGGGAACAAUAUUAUCUGAAUUAUACUGAAUUAUCUGAAACUAUGUAAUUUCUUGCGCUAUUACAAGAUAUAAAAAACUAAGAUAAUAAGAUAAAAACCAAAAUAAGAGCCCAAUGUAGUUAAAACAGUAUUUUUAAUCGAAAAUCCAAUAUUAUUCAAAUCAUUGAUUUGAAAAAUUCAUAAAGAAUAAUCUGUUAUUAACAAGAAAACAUUAAAAAAAUGUAUUUAGUAUAUUUUGGUAAAAUUAUUUGAUUACAAAAACAUUUACUCAGUUGCUGAAACAACUGCACAGUUCUUCAUUUUAAUUUCAAAUGGAAUUCUGGUACAAGAAAGUUUGCCAAAAGAGUUAAUCUUACGACUUCACAAUGUACAAAUAUACAGAAA